AUGCUCGUGACGAACCUCUCAAGACCAUCCGUGUACUCCUCCUUCAAACGGCAGAACAGCUCCUCGUCUGAAACAACCUCCGUGGGAUCCAUUCAUGGCGAUGCGCUGCGAGCGAACAAGUCACGACCAUCAACAGCCCAAUCUUUCUACUCGCUUUCUUCCGCAUCCUCACCGUCCCUGAAGUCAGGCUCCUCGCCCUCGCCCUCGUACCCUCAGCCGCCGAAGAAGAUGAGAUCGCCCGCCCCGCUGCCGCUGAAGAGCUCGACGUGGGACGCCGCCCAGCCGUUAUCUGCGCCAGAUCCCGCAUACGUGGAGUCGGAACUGCGGGUCCCCGCCAUCCAGGUCGUUUCACCAGCCUCGAUAUUGCCAUCUGCGCCCGAUACGCCACUGGAGGUGCCCGAAUCCGAGCUGCGGCGGCGCCAGCUGCACAAGCUGACGAGGAUCCUGGGCGAGGCGAUACCCGCGGACCUGAUCACCCUCCGGGCGGAGCCGACGAGCGUACUCAGACCCACGCCGCCGCCACCGCAAAAGAAUAAGAAGCUGCUGCUGCAGCAGCAGCAGUAUACGACUGGCCUCGGUUCCGCGUUGUCGGAUAUCCUUCCGCCACGCCGGUCGAUGGACGCCGUGCAGCCGCAGCGCCGCGCGGGUGCGUCGAGCGCGAGCAGUGCGGCGGCGUCGGCGACGACCAAGCUUGCGCGGCGAGCGAGCUUAUCGUUCAAUACGAUUGCGUCGAGGCUCCGGAGCGGCUCGCACUCGCGGGACUCGUCGUUGGAGUCCGGCGAGGGAAACAGGGCCGGCACGCCCUCGCCGACUCUGUCGGCGUUCGCGACGAUGCCUCCGAGGCGCCGCUCGUUGGCGCUAGGCUCCCCGAUCCUGUUCGCGUUUCCUAGGCGAUCGCAAACUCCGCAGCCGCAGCCGCGGUCGGAGCCGGUGCCUUCUGCCGUUCCGGUUGCGGACAGCCACAUUAUUGAUAUUGGCUAUCGAGACUCCGAGGACGAGGAGGGGAGAGAGCGGGAGGAGGAGGAGAAUGGGGCCGAGCUGGAGGGUGACGCGGUUCCGAUCGUCGAUGCACCCCUGCAGCCGGGUCCGCGCGCAUUCGAAACGCGAAUCAUGCCGAUGCCAGCGCACACAGACCAUUCAGCGUCGUAUUCGCGGCCUGGGACGCCCUUCGACGCGUCGCGCCCACAAACACCAUUCGAAGAUUUCUUCCUAGGCCGGUCUCGACCCGCCACCCCGUUUAUGGCUGGACGGCCGUCGCUGGAGCGCCAUCCCCCGCGUCCGGACACGCCGUUUCUUGAUCUCGACCCGCAGGCAGCAGCACCGGCGAUGGCGGCAGAGCAAGGCACGCGGUUCCUGUCGCCGACUGUCCGGAAGGAACGUGCCCAGGGAUGGAGCGGGGAGUGGAACAAGGCUGACAUCAAGGAUGUUAUGGAGAAGCUGCGGAAGCUCAAGUGA